AUGGGAAAUGUUGAAUUCCAGCGCCACAGGCAGUGCCCCACGCCACUUGUGGCGCCGUUUACAGAAUGUUCAGGAGGCCAGCGCCCUGCCCUGGACGCUGGUGACAGGAAUUUCUCCAACUUUGUCAGGGACAAGGAGGUUGAGGGAAGCAAGGGACACAAAUUAUCUUCAGGCACUCGUCAAUUUCCUGUGAACAUGGCAGAGGAGCAACAUAUGAUUUUUCAGGAGGUAGCGAUGCCCAGCAUUGCUAAUGCCACCUCCAGCAUUGUGAAGCCCGGAAUCACUAGUCACUUUAAGCUGAAACAGAUCAUGAUCCAGCUACUACAUGCGAAUGGAGUCACUCAGGACUAUGUGAAGCUCACACUGUUCCCGUUCUCUCUUUUGGGCAAAGAAAAGCGAUGGCUGAAGGUAGAACCAGCUAAUUCUAUUACAUCAUGGAAUGGCAGGAAAUUUUUAGCAAGGUUCUUCCCUUCAGGCAAAACUGCAAAGAUCAGAAGUGAGAUAGUCGCCUUCAAACAGAAACCGGGGGAGUCUUUAUACUCAGCUUGGGAGAGGUUCAAGGGGCUGCUCAGAUACUGUCCUCAUCAUAAUCAGACAAAUGAAGUGUUAGCUCACUUUUUCGUAGAAGGGCUACAUACUGAGACAAAGAUUGUGGUAGAUGCUGCAGCGGGAGGGGUUCUCGAGUUAGAUGCCGUCUCCGCAUUAUCAGCACAGGUUGCCAUAUUGGCCAACCAAGUCAAUUGGAUGACCUUGUUUAUUAACAAGCAGCAAGCCCGGCCAGUGCAACAGGUUCAAAUAUUUUGUGAAGUAUGUGGAGAAGGUCACAUGAGCAAUCUAUACCCAGCAAAUCCAGAGUCUGUAUAUUUUGUGGGUAAUGCAAAUCGAGGCCAGGCAAAUCAGUAUGGGGACACUUACAAUCCUAACUGGAGGAACCACACAAACUUUUCUUGGAGUGGAAAUCAAGGUGCUCAGAAUCAGUACAGGCCACAAGCGCCUCAACAACAAUAUAGACCACCUCAGGCUGAACAACCUACAAACGCGACGAGUCACCUUGAGGAGAUGAUGAAGAAAUUAGUGGUUAACCAUUCUCAAAAUACUCGACCAGCUGGGGCUCUUCCUAGUAAUACUGAGCCUAAUCCUAAUGCUCAAGUCAAUGUGGUUACUUUGAGAAAUGGAAUAGUAUUAGAAGAAGUUCCAAAGAAAAAGAAGUAUACGGCUAGUCAUGAAGGGGAAUUAGUUCCCAAGCCAGUUGAGGAGAAUGAGAAAGAGAACAAAGGAUCAGAGCCAGAAGUGCCCAACUAUGCAAGGUAUCUUAGAGAUAUUGUGGAAAACAAGCGAAGACAUACAGAGUUUGAAACAAUUGCACUUACUGAAGAGUGCAGUGCUAGAUUUCUGAGUAAACUUGCUCCUAAGUUGAAGGGUCCUGGGAGUCUCACAAUUCCUCUGUCUCUUGGAAAAUAA